AUGCCACUUUGUCCAAAGUUCUUGCAUACCAACUCUACCAGUCACACCUGGCCUUUCAGUGCAAUUGCAGAACUUAUAGAUAAUGCUUAUGAUCCAGAUGUGAGUGCUAAACAGAUAUGGAUUGACAAAACAGUGAUAAACGACAAUAUAUGCUUGACAUUCACUGAUAAUGGAAAUGGUAUGAACUCAGAGAAGCUCCACAAAAUGCUAAGCUUCGGCUUCAGUGAGAAAUCUGUGAUGAAUGGCCGUGUUCCAGUGGGAUUGUAUGGAAAUGGGUUUAAAUCAGGAUCCAUGCGCCUGGGAAAAGAUGCAAUAGUCUUCACUAAGAAUGGAGAAACCAUGAGUGUUGGCCUAUUAUCUCAGACUUUCCUUGAAGUCACAAAAGCAGAACAUGUCAUGGUUCCUAUAGUGACAUUCAACAACCAACGACAGAUAAGUGAUCCAGCAGAAUCCAAAAACAGCCUGAAGGCUAUCUUAACACAUUCUUUGUUUUCUACUGAGGAGAAAUUACUGGCAGAACUAGAUGCUAUAAUGGGGAAAAAAGGAACAAGAAUUAUCAUUUGGAAUCUUAGAAGAGAUAAAAAUGAAAAAACAGAGUUUGACUUUGACAAGGAUAAAUACGACAUCAGAAUUCCAGAAGACUUGGAUGAAACAGGCAAAAGAGGAUAUAAAAAACAAGAGAGACUGGACCAGAUUGUUCCAGAAAGUGACUACUCAUUGCGAGCUUAUUGCAGUAUUCUGUACCUGAAGCCAACAAUGCAGAUCAUUCUACGAGGACAAAAAGUGAAAACACAGCUGGUUUCCAAGAGCCUUGCCUUCAUUGAACGUGAUAUAUAUAGGCCAAAAUUUUUGAAUGCUAAAACAGUAAGAAUUACUUUUGGAUUUAACUGCAGAAACAAAGAUCAUUAUGGAAUAAUGAUGUACCAUAAAAACAGACUCAUCAAAGCUUAUGAAAGAGUUGGCUGUCAGUUAAAGGCAAACAACAUGGGUGUUGGUGUUGUUGGGAUUAUUGAGUGUAACUUCCUAAAACCAACUCAUAACAAACAAGAUUUUGACUACACAAAUGAAUACAGACUUACAAUAGCAGCAUUAGGAGAAAAGCUUAAUGAUUACUGGAAUGAAAUGAAAACGAAGAAAAAUGAAGAGCAUCCAUUAGCUUUGCCAGUUGAGGAGAUACAAAAACAACCUGAUCAGACAUGGGUGCAGUGUGAUGGGUGUCUGAAAUGGCGGAAGCUGCCAGAUGGAAUCGAGCAUUUACCAGAAAAGUGGUACUGCUCACUGAACCCUGACCCGCAGUUCCGAAAUUGUAACGUGCCAGAAGAACCAGAAGAUGAUGAUUUAAUACAUCCUACGUAUGAAAAAACUUACAAGAAAAAAGACAGGGAAAAACUGAAGAAGCGACUAGAGUACCACCAGGUCACUAAUGAAAUAUUUCUAGUAACACCUGUUUCUUCAAGUAAAGACUUCAAGACAUUCUCAGCUGUGACUGGAAAGGAAGCUGUUCCAAGAUCAGUUUUACCAGAAACAUCAAAUGCUUCUGUCAAAAGACCUGUGCAUAUUUUAAAUAGAUCAGUUUCUUCACCUCAUUCUGAUUCUGAUAACAGUCUUAAACGGAAGACACCUAGUUGUGUGACACCUGUGUCUUUAAAGACACCUCGAUUAAAUGACAAAACAUUCAACAACCAUGAUGAUGAUGAUGUCAUUAUUUUAGAGGAGAGCAGUACUCCAAAGCCUUCAGCAGAUGCUGAUGCUCCUGUGGUAAAAACUGAAUGCAUUGAUUUGGAUCAAGAGAAGAAGCAGAAAGAAAACUGUGAUGUUGGAGAACCUUGCAGUGCAAGUACUUCAGAACCAAAAAGUGAACAGCUGACCUCAGCAACACAGACAGAGCUUCCAAACUUAGUUGUUAAAAAGGAAGAGGUGGAAGAUGACACCGAAAUUCAAGUUCCCAGGGCACAGAUGGAAACUGAACAGCACAAUGUUAAUGGUGUUUCUGAGACAUCUGUAGGUCUUGAAAAUGAACUGAAAAAUCAGCUGCGGUUGUUAAACAAAGAAAAAGAAAUGUACCAAAACAAAUGUGAAGUGUUAACAAAACAAGUAGAAACACUGGAACAGAGGAUUUUAGAAAUGAAUAAUAAGUAUGUAAAAAAAGAAAUGUGCCAUCAGUCAACUGAGACAGUUCCUUCAUUUGAAGGAGAGAAUGGUCAUGAGAGAAGUUUGGCAGAAGUGACUGUUCUCUAUGAACAGGCCUUGGAAGAAAUAGCAAAACUAAAGGAACAAUGCAGUACCCUGCAGAACUUAAAAACUGAAUGCAGCAAGUGUGCUGAUGGUGAAAAUAAGAGCGAGGUAGAUGAAAUUGCUGUGCAACUGGAUGAUGUUUUCAGGCAACUGGACAAGUGCAGCAUUGAGAGAGACAGAUAUAAAAGUGAGAUUGAACUACUAGAAGUGGAAAAAAAUCAAAUUGCCUGUCAGUGUGAAGAACUGAAAGCAGAAGUCGCACAGUUAAAAGCUUCAAUUCCACAAGCAGUAGCAUGUGCAAAUGAUUCUACCACCAGUAAUGUAGAAGACUCUGUAAAUUUUUCUGAUGGAGAAAGCCUGAAACUACGCUCUCUUCGAGUGAAUGUCGGCCAACUUCUAGCUACAAUCAUGCCUGAUCUAGACUUGGAGCAAGUGAAUUAUGAUAUUGAUGUAGUAGAUGAAAUUUUAGGACAAGUUGUAGAACAAAUGCAUGAAAUCAGUAGCACUUAAUAUCUUAAGAUUUUAGCAGACUCUUACAUGAUCUUCCAUUAUAACCUUUGUGUAGGUUUAAAAUUGUAUAUACUGCUUCUUCACUUUAUAUAUUUGACAUAGUUUGAUCAGUAAGUGUAUAUACUCUUACGCGUUUAGAUGUUCCCAACAGAUGCAAUGGGUGGUUACCUUCUCUUCCUCU